AUGGUGUCGAAGAUUGCAGUUGUCGGCUCAGUCAAUGGCCAAGUCUCUGCAGUCUUUGGCAAAUUAUCAGCAUUGCAUGCUAAAAAUGCCUUUGCAUUUGCUAUUAUCACUGGAGACUUGUUCGCGGAUCCAGUGAAUCCCAGCCCGGAGGAAGCUAGCCAGCUCAAAGAUUUGCUCGAAGGCAAGAUUGGAAUUGCCCUACCCGUCUACUUUGCUCUCGGCAAACGUGAGUUGCCUCGUGAGGUCCAGGAGAGACUAAGCGCCAAUGCCGGCGAGCUAUGCUCAAAUCUCUACUUCCUUGGCCGGAGGACCACUGUCAAGACAUCCGAAGGUGUCAAGAUUGUCGCUCUGGGCGGUGCUCACAUGGACGCUGUUUCAGACAAAGCCCUGAUCACAGAGUUCAGCCCCAGUCACACCCCAGAGGAUGUCAAAGUAUUGAGAGGCGCGAACACUGCCGAUAUCUUGGUGACGAGCGAAUGGCCUGCUGAGAUUCGUACUGGCUCUAACGCGCCCUACACUGGUGAAGAAGCUGUUUCGCAACAGGGUGUUGCAGACCUUUGCACUGUUCUAAAGCCUCGUUACCACUUUUCUUUCUCGGACAGCUUCCUAGAGCGCGAGCCCUUCUUCCACGCUCAAGGAGAAGAUGACAGCGGCUACCAAGUAACUCGUUUCAUCAGCUUGGCGCCUUAUGGAAACGCUGCUAAGCAGAAGUGGAUCUACGCAUUUACACUAGAUACUUCUGUAGCACCUACUGCGACUGUGCCGUCAGGAGUUACAGCGUCUCCAUUGUCGUUCGCGAAGAAGCGCAAGGCUGUGGAAUCUCAGGCGCAGUCGUUCUCGCGCUUCUCUGGCGGCAGCGGUGAUAGUGGUCGGCAGAGAGGACGCAACAAGCGUGCGCGACCCAAUCCGAACCCAUCAGAGUGCUUCUUCUGUCUUUCAAAUCCCAAUAUCGCGUCACAUCUAAUUUCCUCGAUCGGCGACAGCGCGUACUUGACGACAGCCAAAGGUCCCCUUCCAACAUCCAAGACUUUCUCGGCGCUAGGCUUUCCAGGCCACAUGUUGAUUAUCCCGCUCGAACAUUCACCGACUCUGGCUUCGAUACAGGAUCAAGACUCCAAGAAGGCCACCAUUGCAGAAAUGCAUCGCUAUCGACUUGCAUUGCAAAGUAUGCUAACCAAGAGAUCGGAAGAUGCUGCUGAAGCAGAUAAGCUGGGUGCGGUUACGUGGGAGAUCAGCCGUGUGGGCGGCGUUCACAUCCAUUGGCAGUUUAUGCCGGUUCCGCAAGACAUUAUCAAGAAGGGAUUGGUGGAAGCAGGUCUCAAGGUCGAAGCUGAGAACCAAAGCUAUCCGGCUUUCGAGUCGUCAAGUGUCUCGACUGAUGUUGUGGCCGAGGGUGACUGUUUCAAGGCCACCAUAUGGGAUGGAGCAGAGGAGAAGACUAUGAUCCUUCCUCUAGACUCGUCGUUCAGAUUCGAUCUACAAUUUGGACGAAGAGUUCUUGCCAAAUUGCUUGGUCUGGAAGGUCGAUCGCAUUGGCAGGAUUGUGAUCAGAGCGAGACGGAGGAGAACACUGAUGUUGAGGCCUUCAAAGCUGCAUUUGCUUCAUUCGACUUCUCGCUCGAAGCGUAA